AUGAGGGCCGUCCUUCUAGGCCGGCUCUGUCUAAGGCGCGGCUUUACGAACCUACCACGACACACAUUUACACAGUCAUGGCGUGCGCCAGUCAAGCACAUUCCCAGAAGGGCACCGGUGGUCGCUGGGCUGGUGAUGGCCGCCCUCGCACCCAGUGCAUUUCUCAGGCUUGCGGAGGACUCGGAUGGUGAUCAGAAGACCGGCGAGAUGCAAAUGCUGGAAGCUUCCCGUGAGGAGAUCCGGAAAACUGUCUCAAAAGAUGCGCGGGGUCUUGCGCGACUUUGCCAAUCAAUCCGCGUGUUUUGGUACUACUAUGUUUACGAUCCCAUUGCAACGGGGUUUCGGUUUCUUCACCUAGCCGUCAUUUUCAUACCAGUGGUGAUUACAGUGCCAGUGAUCUGGAUUGGUCGGAGGGUUGAGGGAAGCAGUACUGCGCAGACCGGCACGUUAUGGUGGUAUCGGCUCCUGGUGAAUGCUAUGGAGCGAGCAGGUCCUGCAUUUAUCAAGCUUGGACAAUGGGCCGCUUCCCGCACCGAUAUAUUCCCACCGGAGAUGUGUAAUAUCAUGUCCUCACUCCACUCAAAUGCCCCCGCGCACUCGCUCGAGGAUACCAAACGCAUCAUUCGGAAGGCAUUCAACGACAUGGCCUUUGAAGACAUCUUCGAGGAAUUCCAGGAGGAACCUCUCGGUGUUGGCGCCAUUGCCCAAGUGUACAAGGCGAAACUAAAGCCAAGCUUGGCCACUAGCGACCAGGAGCUAGGACAGGAACCCAUCACGCUAGGAGAGAAGGUGCGGAAGAACAUGGACGUUUUGGUGAAGAGCUCACCACAGCGAGUACCAUCGUCGUACGUUGCCAUCAAAGUCCUGCACCCCAAGGUUGAGAAGAUGAUUCACCGCGAUUUGCGCAUUAUGGGCUUCUUCGCCUCUUUGAUCAAUGCUAUCCCAACGAUGCAUUGGCUUUCUUUCCCCGAUGAGGUCCAGCAAUUUGGGGAGAUGAUGAAGCUCCAGCUGGACAUGCGCAUCGAAGCGACCAAUCUUGUGAUUUUCCGCGAUAAAUUCAAGACUCGCACGACAGCCUGGUUCCCGCAUCCCUACAUGGAUUAUACGACGAGGGAGGUGUUGAUUGAGGAAUUCGCACAAGGUAUCCCGCUAGCGACCUUCUUGGAUAUUGGUGGAGGUAUCUACCAACAUGACAUUGCCAAUGAAGGGCUGGAUGCCUUUUUGCACAUGCUUCUGAUCGAUAACUUUGUGCAUGCCGAUCUGCACCCAGGGAAUAUCAUGGUUCGCUUUUACAAGCCUAGUGAACUUGACUUGUCUCUUCAAAAGCACACACGCGCCACAGAGGCUCCCACUCGGGCUGAAGUAGACGUGACAGAGGCAGUUUUGGCGCGCUUACGUCCGCAUAUGGGCAACAAAGCUGCCUGGGAGUCUGCGCUCGCCAAACUCAAUGAUGAGGGUUACCGUCCCCAGUUGAUCUUCAUUGAUACGGGCCUCGUCACUCAGCUCAAUGAGCUCAAUCGACGGAAUUUCCUGGAUCUCUUCCGAGCCAUUGCUGAGUUUGAUGGCUAUCAUGCUGGACAUCUGAUGGUCGAGCGGUGCCGUACACCAGAAGAAGUCAUUGAACCGGAGAUCUUCGCGUUAAAGAUGCAACACUUGGUUCUCAGCAUCAAAUCUCGCACAUUUGCCCUGGGCAAUAUCAAGAUUGGUGAUGUGCUCAGUGAAGUCCUCACCAUGGUCCGUGGCCACCACGUUCGGUUUGAAGGUGACUUUGUGAAUGUCGUCAUCUCUUGCCUCCUUCUUGAAGGAAUUGGCCGAAGCCUCAAUCCUAAUCUGGAUCUUUUCCAGAGUGCCCUUCCCAUUCUCCGACAACUUGGUACUGGCCAAACCUUCUUGCAGACAGUGCGCUCGGGUGAUACGUCGAUGCUUCGGGUGUGGGUUGGCUUGGAAGCUCGUGGGUUGCUGCAGGCCAGCAUUGAAAGCGUAGAACGGUGCGUCAAGUAUGAUUUGCUGUCACCGAACAUUUGA